GAGGAGAGGAUUCCAAAAAAAAACAUUAACAUAGUUGAAAGCUCUCCACUCUCCGCCUUUUUUUUUUCUCUCUUUCUUCCUUUUAAACAAACACACCAUUUCAACCAUGCUUCGUCAGCUUCGAUUGUUCUUCUUGAUCGCAUGUCUAUUAUCUGUACUGACCGUGUCUGCCGUCGAAUUCGAGAAGCGAGUGCCUCAAGACCCAGGACAACAACCUGCCGAAUCCGACAAUGCCUCACCCGCACCAGCUGAACCUACAUCUGCACCAGCAGCCGGAGGCUCGUCGGGUGGUGGUGCUGCACCACCGAAUACGGUCGCUGGAAGUCAACAACCCCAGGGCAAUCAAAGCGUAGCGUCAGGCGGUAGCAACAACCCUCUCUCGGGCUUACCCACCACAGGCUCAUUCGGCAACACCAUCUAUCCCGGCAUGGUAUCGUUUUUGGAACCCACAGGCAGCAAAUCAGUCUCGCCCCUCUACCGCAUCGACUCGCGAGAAAACGUCACUUUCCGUUGGGAAUUCGAGUCCUUGAAGGUACAACCUGUCAACUUGACCUUGGCUGCCGUCGGCCCUCAGUCGGCUACUUACACAAUCACUCAAAUGGGCGGUGCAGAAACCAGCGCUGUUUGGCACCUCUCGGACGUGCCUGCAGAAACCCCAUUGUUCAACGGCAUGUAUCAGAUCCAACUCUACGAUCAGCGUGGUGUCUCCGCGCAUGCCGAACCCGGUUAUAUGGCUCCCGCUACCCGUUUGACCAUUGCCUUUUACAAUCCAGAGUCCUAUCGACCCUUGACUGGAACCGACUAUUGCCCAACGUGCUUCUAUGAUGCUGGCAACAGGCUAUUGUCACAUUACUUUGGCGGUCUUGGAGUAGCAUUUGGUGUUGCAUGUGUUACUUCUUUCAUGUUCAUUUAUGGACUUCUUUACUAAAAAACAGCACACGCAUACGCAUCGCAUAACGCAUCAAACACACACCAUCCUCUCGUAAACAUAUUCACUCCAAACAACAGCAGCAACAACAACAACAACAACAAAGAAACAUUGUACUCUUUUGAUACCACUCCUCUUGUCUUUCCUUUGCACACACACACACACACACACACACAUUCUUAUAUUUUCCCUUCCU